GGGACUUGAAGUUGCGUGGGGCCCUGCCCUGAGCAGCUGGGUUUUGUGUUUGGAGCUGGAGGGGAGGUUGUUGAUCCCACACUUACCCGGAUCUGGGCCAAGGCUGUUUGGAGGCCGCAGAUGCUCCUGCUCUCCAACCUGGGGCACUCCGUGCAGACACAGUCGCCCGGACUCCUGGGCCCUGGACCCAGCCAUGGGCACCUCCAGUGCCGUCCUCUGCAUCCUGUUCUUCUGUGGGGCGCUGGGUCUCACCACCCUCCCUGCCCGGGGGCGGCUCCACUGUUACACCUGCGGCUUCGCCAAACCCUGCUACCCUCUUCCCACCGAGUGUGGGGAUGAUGAAGUCUGUGGCGUCAGCAUCGGCACCUCAGAGCAGAGUGAGGUCAUCCAGCGGAAAGGCUGCCUCCCGAGAGCCCAGUGCCCUCUGCCCGGCCAGGCCACCUACUGGUCACACGCCUACGCGCUGCGGCACGACUGCUGCGACCGGGACCUGUGCAACGCGGCCACCACGCUGCAGCGGCCCCCCGGGCCCCUCGUCCCCACCCUGCUCCUCACGGCCAGCUUCACCUGCGGAGGCCACCUCCUCCACUAGCCUCCCUCAGCUCUGCGGCCCUCGGCCCAGGACGCCCUCUCCGUCUCCGCGGCCCUGGAGACGCCUGGCCUGACCCUUGAGAUGUGGCCCAGCACCCGACGUGACAGACAGGCCUCAGCUCCCUGGCCAACACCUUUGCGGAUUCCUGUGGGCACUGCUCCAGCCCCUACCACCUGCCCAGAGCCCGGCCUCAUAAAAUACUGCUCUGUGUCUGUUGUCCUUUUUAGAUGCCGAGGCUGAUGCCCUCUCCAAGCCCCAGGUCUCUGGCAAGGCGGGUGUCUGAUGGAGCUGUGGGUCCCAGGCAAGGGGAUGGGAGGGGCCCAUGUAUGGAGAGGAGGGGUGUCUUGCUAGGGAAGGUUCAUAUGGUAGAUCAGGAACUUAGGAAGGAGGGCUUGGGGAAUGAAUGAUGAAGGGCAAAUUUAAUAAAGUGCUAUCUGGGGUCUGGUAA